CUGCCACCCGGCGGGCGGGUGGUGGUUUGCGGUGAGGGCGAUGGAGUGUGGACUGUCCGUCAAAGUCCGCGGGUAGCCCCGCCGAGACAGGAGAAUGUGACAGAGUGCGGAGCUUGCUGGCAUUGGAUACACUGUAGCCGGAUCCAGGUUUCAGAUAUCUUUUAAUCAGUGUGUUCACGAGUUAUGACACCACUGGAGCUAGUAGGAUUUGAACCCAGGCUUGGCCUAAUUCUGGUCCAGAUUUAGGACCAUUACCACUGCAACAGAAGAGUCCUUACUACUUAUUGAAUGAGGCCAUUAUUUCGUUGUGACAUGGAGAGUGCAGCUGGAGCUGGCAGGGCUGCAGAUGAUUUUGUAAGAUUGAAGAGAAACUCUCCAAUGCUAGAGGAAGAUGAUAAUGUUCCAAAGCUGCUGCUGACUCUACCUCCUCGUGAUCGACUGGAUUGGGAAGAGACAAUCAGUGCUAUGGCGAGGAGCGCUGACCUUCCUGAUCUCCCUGGAGAACUCCCUCUCCACCCGUGUGGAAGCACUGCCAGCAUGAAAGUCAAACAUGUUAAAAAGAUGGCAUUCAUGAAAGGUCAUUUCCCCAAACUGGCUGAAUGUGCCCAUUUCCAUUAUGAGAAUGUUGACUUUGGCAGCAUACAGCUGGCGCUGACAGAAGAGCAGAGUGAUACAAGCAAGAAUGGUGCUGACACCAAAGAACUUGUGUUCCUGGUUCAGAUCUCCUGUCAGGGCAGGAGUUGGAUUGUGAAGAGGAGUUAUGAAGAUUUCCGGGUGCUGGAUAAACAUCUCCAUCUCUGCAUUUACGACCGGCGUUUCUCCCAGCUUGCCGAGCUCCCACGAACGGACUGGCUGAAGGACAGUGCAGAGACAAUUACCCAGAUGCUAAUGGCAUAUUUAGCCCGACUCACUGUCAUAGCAGACAACAAGAUCAACUGUGGGCCUGCUCUCACCUGGAUGGAGAUAGAUAACAAAGGAAACCAUCUACUUGUGCAUGAAGAGUCCUCCAUCAACGUUCCUGCCAUUGCUGCUGCACAUGUGAUCAAGCGAUACAUUGCGCAGGCUGCGGAUGAAUUGUCCUUUGAAGUCGGAGAUAUAGUAUCUGUUAUCGAUAUGCCCCCUAAAGAAGAUACGACAUGGUGGAGGGGAAAGCAUGGGUUUCAGGUUGGAUUCUUUCCCAGCGAGUGUGUGGAGCUCAUUAAUGAUAAAGUUCCUCAUUCUGUGACGAGUGCAAUGCCAAAGCCAGUUUCAAAAAAGCACGGUAAACUCAUCACCUUCUUGCGCACCUUCAUGAAGUCACGGCCAACCAAACAAAAGCUGAAACAGCGAGGAAUCCUGAAGGAACGUGUGUUUGGCUGUGACCUGGGUGAACACCUGCUCAACUCUGGUCAUGAUGUCCCUCAGGUGCUCAAAAGCUGCACAGAGUUUAUUGAAAGGCAUGGAGUCGUGGAUGGCAUCUAUCGACUUUCAGGAAUUGCGUCUAAUAUUCAGAAGCUACGACAUGAAUUUGAUUCUGAGCAGAUUCCCGAGUUAACGAAGGAUCUUUACCUCCAGGACAUCCAUUGUGUUGGGUCUCUGUGUAAGCUGUACUUUAGAGAGCUACCAAAUCCACUGUUAACCUACCAGCUGUACGAGAAAUUCUCAGAUUCUGUAUCAGUAGCUUCAGAUGAGGAUCGCCUGAUUAAAGUUCACGAUGUCAUCCAGCAACUCCCUCCUCCUCAUUACAGGACCCUGGAGUUUCUGAUGAGACACUUAGCUCGAUUAGCGACCUUCAGUUACAUCACCAACAUGCAUACUAAGAACCUAGCUAUUGUUUGGGCUCCGAAUCUUCUGAGGUCCCGACAGAUUGAAUCAGCCUGUUUCAGUGGUACUGCUGCCUUUAUGGAGGUUCGGAUUCAGUCUGUCGUGGUGGAAUUUAUCCUGAAUCACGUGGACAUGCUGUUCAGCUCCAAAAUCAGCUCAGUAAUGCGAGAGGGAACAGGGCAUGCAUCUCUGUCUCGGCCUAAGUCCUUGCUGGUGUCGUCCCCUUCCACCAAACUCCUCACCCUGGAGGAGGCCCAGGCUCGAACACAGGUCCAGAUCAUCUCCCCUAUGAAUUCAGACAGCAAAUACAUCGAAGUGGGUGAUGGGCCUGCAGCAUUACAGGGCAGGUUCCACACGGUCAUCGACUUCCCUGUUGACAGGAAGAGGACAACAAACAAACCCAAAAAAUCACCUGUUGGUACAUGGCGCUCUUUCUUCAACCUGGGCAAGUCUUCCUCUAUAGCCAAGCGGAAGCUGCACCGUAACCCCAGUGAGCCAACCCAAAUGAAGUCCCUGGUUUUGACAGCAAGGGGUGAUUCAGGAACACUUCGGUCUGCUAAAAGUGAAGAAUCUCUCUCAUCUCUUCACAAUGUUGAAGGAGAAUCAAAGGUAUACAGACCUAGAAGACCUCGGUCUAGCAGUGAUGCUUUGUCUGUUUCCUUCAAUGCUGGCGGCCUUCCUGGUCUCAACCACUGUAACUCAUAUGACAACUUACCCAAUGAUGAGAGUGAAAUAGAAGAAGCCAUGCAUCAAGUGCCUGCACUCCUGUCUUCCAGAAUGGAGGAUCUAGAACUGAGUCCCCCCGAUAUGGGAGCAGCUAGUUUGGACUUUGACCCAAUGUCAUUUCAGUGUAGUCCGCCAAGGACAGAACAUGCAGGUCCUGACAGCAUUUCAUCUCAGGUGGAUUCUUCAGGCAGUGGCAAAGACAGGUCAAACAGCAGCAAGAGGGAAUCAGAUUUGGGUAGUGCCUGCCUUACCCCUGGUAGUGCUACUAGUUCUGAACCAGUCUGUCACUCCCCAGAUAAGCUGAUAAGUCCCUUCUUCUCUCCAGAUCUGAGCCCCACUGAUGAGAAACUUGCUAAACCAACUUCUUUCGCGGAAAAGGUAGUUCAUGCUUUCUCCCCAAAGAUUGGACGCAAGUCACCCAAGUCUCCUAUGUUUUCCAUUUCUGAACCUAUGACAAUUUCUGUACCGACACGAGUAUCUGAAAUGAUUGGCAGUAUGGCAACUGUUUCACUGGUUUCAUCUCCACCUCUCGCAGAUCCAGCAGGGAGUAGCAAUGUCAGCAAAUCACCUCCACAAAUGAUGUCAAUGCUGCUGAAAACCAGCGACAUGCAACUGUCUGAGGGUUGUCGUCAGGAGAUCCACACCAAGCUUUCUGCUGCAGUGUCAGAGGCCAAAGAGCAAAGUCUGGAUUGGCAUGAUCAGACCUAUCACUACAAGGCUGUACAGCCUACCUAUUCACAAGCAGGGUCAAAGUGGGAAAGCCCAAACUGGCAAGAACUGACCAAUCAAAACAAGACUACACCAUCUACCAGUUCACAAAUCGGAACUCCAAGUCAAAGCCCAGAAUGGCAUGAACUAACCGAUCAAAACAAGACUAUAUCACCCAGCAAUUUACAAGCAGGAAUAAAAGGGCAGAGUUUAGACUGGCAUGAACUGACCAAUCAAAAUAAGUCUACACCAUCUACCAAUUCUCAAAAAGGAAUAUCAGGGCAAAUCUCAGAUUGGCAUGAGCUAACCAAUCACAACAAGGCUGCAUCAUCUUCUGCCCAUUCACAACAGGAGGCAAAAGGACAAACCCCAGACUGGCAUGAAAUGACCAAUCAAAACAAGGCAACACCAUCCACCCAUUCACAGAUAGUGACUCCAGUGGAAUCCCCUCAGGAGGCUCCUCCGGUUAACUCAGUGCCUCUCCUUCCACCACCUCCACCUCCGAAGAGCGCUGCUCGCUUACUGGCAUUGGCUCUAGCUGAAAGCGCUCAGCAGGCCACUGCACAGUCUCAGAAGAAACCUCAGCCUGGACGGCAGGUCUCAGGGGAUCAUAACCUUCACAAUAUCCCUGUUACAGAGUCAUGUCCAGCAUCAGCUUCUUCAGCACCUUCUACAACAGCUAGCUAUCAGUUAAUUGUGCAGCCAGCUGUCGAACAACAGCCUGCCACAGGCCAAGUCCCUCCGAGUACUACAGUAGGGCCCACAGCUUCAGGUCAGGUUCGGGCAGCAGUUUCUGCAGGGAUUCCCUUGAAGCCAUCAGAGCCACGUGCUCCAGAGCAGCCAGGAUCUACUUUCAGCUCCGAUAAUAGCUGUGUCACCCGCCCUACUGCUGUUAUGGCCAUUCACAGUGGACAACAGGAGAAACCAAGAGACAAUGUCCAAGCACCAGCUGUUAAACCAAGGGCUGACUCUGUGCCUCUGGACUGUAGUGCUUACAGUAACACUCCAUCAGUGCCGCUUGUCCGAUCAAUAGAAAAUCGCGUGCCUCCUAGUCAUUCCAUGUCUGAUACCAUUAAUGCCUCCAAUUUCCAUUCAUUCCUAGCUUCAACAACCAUACCAUCAUCUAUUGAGGAUGCUUUACCCCCAGCACCACCUCCUAAACCACCUUUUCUAUGCCAGCCACAUUCCUAUCAUUCCAAGACGGAAAACCUGCCAGAUCUAGACAAACAUUUCCAACAGAAGAAUGCUCAUUCAGUGCAGCCUCUAGUCUACCAGUGCCGGGCUGACAGUGUCCCUCAGCACUUGUCCUGCCAGUCUAGAUUGGAGAGCACACCCCAGCAUCUAUUGUAUGGUACACGCCCUGACAACAUUCCCUCAGCCACAUCUCGAUUCAACAGCUUUUCAAGCCAGCCAAAAGCAGUCUCUGUUCACCAUUCCAAGCCACGACUUUCACGGUCAGACCAUGUGCCCGUUGGGAAUCCUGCCGUGCGGGCAUUUGUGUGCCCACAUUCCCAAUUUGAGGAACCAGUAUAUCCCACAAUAAGACGGGUUCAUUCUCUACAUGUGCCUCCAUCUUCAGUAAGAUCUGUUCCUGUUUCAAGAACUGAGGUGCCUCCAGCCGAUGAACUCUUCUACUAUCAGAGACCCAUCUAUCAGUAUAAGCCAUGCCACCCACCACCACUUCAAUCAGAUUAUCAUGUUACUCAGCUGCAGCCAUAUUUCGAAAAUGGCCGAGUUCAGUACAGGUACAGCCCUUACUCCACUUCUGGGCAUAACCUACAUGGAGCUGAUGGUGUGAUUUAUGAUUUUGCAGAUCCCUAUGGUUCGAUAAGACUGAGACAGUACCAUUCUUUUACCAGCCGGGAUCUCCCACCUUAUGCUGGCAGAUUCCAGGGUAGAGUUUUUCCAUAUCCCAAUGCACCUCCCUACCCACGCGGUGGUGCUAAUGCCAAUGCAAUGAGUAGAGAGCACAGUUUUGUAAGUCGUGAUGUGCCUCCGUCUCCAGAUGUGAAACUGGCCCAUGUGAUAUGGGAUCCAGAGGAGGUGGAGAAAUCCCGCUUCCAGUCCAUUCGACGUGAAAUCCGCAGCCGGCAAAAGAACAAAGGCUUAGUGAUGUCACAGUAUGACAACGUGACUCCUGUCUUACAGGAAGAAUUUAGUGGUCUAGAGAUCCUACAUUCCAGAAGUAAGUCUGAUCCUGGGAAAACUGGUGCGCUGGCAAGUGAGGGAAAAGAAAGGUGGUAUCCUGCCACCUCAAAGACUCCAGACCCUGACCCACCGUACAGCUAUCAGCAGCCAGAGUGUGAACUAGACAGUGGGGCAUAUAUCAAGCCAUUAGCUCUCCAUCAUGGACCUUUUGGAAAUGAACAGCUUGAGAAGCUAGUACCACCUCAGAAACAGAACACCAGUAGGACCAGGAGGCCACAUGAAUCUGCCUGCGAUCUGUCACGGUACGAUUCAUCUCACAGGCCUUCUGCAGAGUUGAAAGGGGGACAGAUGUACAGUGCACAUAGUGCAGUUCCAGCAGGAUAUGGGCUGAAGCAUCGGCCUGACCACACAGAAUCACGUACAUAUCCAUCUGCGACUAGUAAAUACAUGCUUCCUUCUCAUGAGCCUUUACGGAGUUAUGAAGAUUCCUUCCGGGCAGUAAGUGAAAGGCCGGAAUUUGAAAGACCCAAAUUGAGGGGGACUGGUGGGGACCAUUCUUCUCGAGACUACUACAGCGAGGACGAAGAGGAUCCUGGCAGGCCACUGGUAUCCAGCCAACCUGAGAGAAGUUACAGCACCAGGUUCCAGCCACACCCAGAGCCCUUGGUUAGGGAACAAUCUCUCUCAUACCCAUACCCUUGUUUAGGCUACUCCAGCAGUAAGCGACACAGUACAUUGACAGUGAUGUCUCAGUAUGAUAAUUUGGAUGACUAUCACACUCUGUCGCAGCAGCAGAGGGGAGGCGUAGGAGGAGGUGCCCCAUUUGUACCCCUGGGUUUCAGUCAUCCUCAAGGGAGGACAUUUAGCACGGCUUUAGGCCAGGGAAGCUUUAUAACAGCAGAGUUGGCAUUGCAGAGGUCUGAAGCAGAGGUACAUGUGGAAUGAGCAAAAAUUUUACUUGUGCAGUCUCUGCUGGGCAGUAGACUGUUUUAUUUUUUAAAAAGAGAUAACCAGAGUACUGUUUUUAAACACAAAAUAUGACAAAUAUUGGAUCUUUUGUGUUGUGUAAUUAGAGUACAUGUAUGAAACGUGAGACUGCAUUUGUGCCCCUGGUGAAUGACUCUCAGCUCAGUGUUAAUAAUUAUCAGAAUACAGCCUGACAGCUCAGUAGUUAAGGGAAUGAUCUUCUUUGUUUGUUUCUAGUGAGAAAAAUGAUUUGGAUCAGUGAAGCUGCUGAGGAGAGUUUGUUACCUCUCUGCCCCUAUCAAAAACCCCUUUCCUAUUCCCACUCAUCCUCUCCUCCUGCAUGUUUUCUCUCCUCUUUUCUUCCACACCACUACCCCAACCUCACCCUGAACCACCACAAUUGCAGGGCUGGCUCUGCAUUUAUCAACUUUGUGCUUCCUCAUUUCUUCCCCAGCUUUCCGGACAAAAUACAUCUCCAUAAGUCCCAAACCCAGUUGCCCAGUUACAGGUCUGGCUGUACUUAAUUGAAGACAUCCUAUCCCCAGCCAGAGUUAGCAGUGUAAUACUUACUGUUCCGAUCAAUUUGUAUUUACCUCAGUAACACACUGUCUGACAGAGUUAUUGUCCCACUAUUUUCAAGCCCUGUGCUUGAGUCUUGUAACUUCGGGCGUAGUGGGAAAUGUGAUUAGUUGAGAAGAGCAACAAAAAAUGGCAGCUAGAUGUUAGAGUGACAACAUCCAACUCCCAACAGUAAGCUGAGUGCCAGCCAUAUCUAACAGCUAUUGGGGGCUUGACAGGUCGUGAAUUCAGCUGAUAUUAAAUAUAUCUACUUUAUCUUCACUAUGCUUCUAUGUAGAUACUAACUAACUGUUCUGGGGUUGAAAGUAAAUAAGACUUCAGUGUCAGACUGCACCAUCUAAUUGAAUACAUCAAAGCUUUAUCACUUUCAUUACUAGUUUGAAUCCAGUAUUUAAAUUGCACGUAACUACAUGAUUCCCUUGUGAAGGAAUACUUUCCAUGUUGCUGUGCUCUGGCUGGGAUUGUGCUAUCAUUGUGAUAUGAAUAGAAGCAACAAAGCCUUUCCCCUGCUACCAGAUGAGCAAUGCCGUUCUAUGCACUUGGCCCAUGUGUGUGAGGAGCUCCUGAGCACGAGGAGGCUGGUGCUUCAUGUGAGCUGAUAAUGUGGCCUGAAAUCUAUCUGUUUCGAAUUUGAGCCAUUGUCACCUCCCUUGCCCUGCUUGGACUGCCCUGUCUUGCAACAUUUAAAACUGUUUCAGACUACAUAUUAAUGUUUGUGCACAGUUUGCAGGGAAGGCAGUAACACUGUGAAUUACUCAAACAGACCUCGUGUUUCCAAGUCACGUGUAGAUUUGUUUAUAUUGUUCCUAUAAUUUACAGAAUGACAUUCAGUAAAUUAUUUAACUUGAAAAAGAAUAUUAAAACUGUGAUUAUUUUUGUAGCAAUGCUCAUCCUGUGCACAAAUAUUAUGGGACAAAUAUUAUUGAAUUAUUGUACGAGUCAGUAAUGACCUCUGGGAGCAACUAACCUUAACUUUGCCCCGCAGUGGCAUUGUUCAUGUUGAUUUAUCCCACCGUUCGCUCUCAGAAUUUAAAACUGGUCAAUCUCUAACAAGAUCUUCUACAAUGAAAACUGAGCCACAUAACUGGACAUCUCUUAUUUCCAUUUUGUUAAUGAUCCCUGGAACCUGAAAUUAUCUCCGUCCACAUCAACUUGUAAUACACAGAUUGUAGGUAGCACUUGUCAUAGAUGUUAUAAUCUGCUAUAGCUCAGGGCUGUUAAAAAGCAGGAUCCCUUGAUCUGUAGAUCUUCAAGUAGGAUUCAGAUAUUGAGAUUGAACUUCACAACAUUUUCCUCAGGCAUUUAAACAGGGAGUCCUGAUAUUUUUAGAAAUUGCACAACAAUGUGAGGGACGUGAGUUUACAGACAGGUUAUUAUAUCUUUGAAGAUAAGAACAGAAAAAGCAGGAAAUAUUCAGUGGGUCAGACAGCAUCUGUAGAGAGAAAAACAAACACUAAUGACUUAGGUGAAAGAACUUUUUAUCAGAGCUGGAAGAUGUUUGAGGUUUAUACUUUUUUUUAAAGAAAGUACAGAGGUGGGAAAGAGAUCAGGAAAGAAAACAAAAGGAAAGUUUGAUUGGGUAGAGGACUGAAGAGAUUAAAUGAUCAUGGAGAGGAUACUUGAAGGCAAAAGGAAUUAACAAUGAGUCAAGUGUAGAAACAAAACGUUGAUCCAGAAGGAAGUAUAACAAAACAUGUCGGAAAUAUUCAGUAGGCCAGGCAUUUGUUGAGGGAGAAGCAAGAGUUAAUGUUUUAGCUGGUGAUCUUUCUGAAGGUACCAUAAGAUCUUCCUCUCUGCUAGGACUGACAACCUCCUUUACCAGCACCUAUCGUAUUGGUGAUGACUUUCUGGUAAAUCCGUAAUUAAAAAUAGAACAUCACUAUUAAUAGUGACAAAGUGAAGAAAUAGUGAUUUGACUGAACGGUUGACUGUUGGAAUGACUAUUGGAAUUUUGUGUCUUUAGAACAAUCUACAGGACGCAAGAUUCAGCUUGCACACUGUGCAGGACACAUUCUGAUGUUUGGAGAAAUGGAGCAGGCAGCGACGAAGCCAUUUUAUCCCCUAUUCUGUUGAAUAUGAUUUAGCACCAGGCAAUGACCAUCCUGCAGCAUUCCAAUUGUGUGUGGUGAGACCCAGUUAGACAUUCUAAAGUGUUUACAAUGGCUUGAAAUGACUAGGAAUAACAAUAAAUAGAGCUCAAAAUGAAAACCAACCUUAACAGCUGGAAAUAGUAAUUCUACUGGUCUCUGAAAGAGAGGUUAAUUUCAGGUAGCACAAUUGAUGUGAGAGAGUGGAUUUGAUGUAAAAGUUCAGCUGUGGCCUUAUUGAACGGUGGAGCACAUUCAAGCAGCCAUAUGGUUUUCUCCUGCCCCAUUUUCUUAGGAAACCAUCAUGCCAGACCUGAUGUACAUUUCAAGCUUUUUCUGUUUCAUCUCAGAUGAGCAGCAUUCUUGGUGUCUAUUUGCUAGGAAAGAAA